AUGAACAGCUCCGUGCCUGGCAGCCAGCUGAGACACCCCGAGCCGCAGGACGUGGCCGCCGUCACUCCCGUGUCGGUCGCCAGGGCCGUGACGAAGAAGGCGGACGCGCUGCCCAUGAUCUCGGUCAUCGUGGUGGUCUUCGUGCUCCUGGCCGUGUUCAUCAUCCUCGUGGUGCACUACGGGCCCCAGCUCCGCACCGUGCAGAUCACCCUGUACCACGAGCCCCUGCCGCAGGACCUGCACAACGGGGUGCACCUCACGCACUGGAAGCAGCUGGACCCCCAGAGGAGGUGGGAUCUGCCUGGCAUGGAUCUGGCUGGAGGGAGCUGCCAGUGCUCCUGCAAGCACCACCUUCCCGGCGGGAGCGCUGAGCCCAACGUCAUCGAGGUCACGUACCUGUGACACGGCCCCGGGACACCUGAGACUGUGUCCCACUGGGAAAGCAGUGACUGGAUGUCAGUGUAUCCCGAGACUCACCGGUUCCCAGGCAGAGGCUGUACCUCCCCAGGUCUGUGUCUGGCCCCAGGAGGGCUCAGCCAGGAGGUUCAGUGUCACUGC